AUGUCUAUAAGACAUGUCUACAAAGAUACUUAUCUGAGAAGUAUUUAUGCACCUUUUGUUAAAGAACGCGUUCACGCUUACAAUGAUAUUACAUUUUCAGGGAUAGGAUUUCAACGUAUCGAUUGA